AUGGUAGAAGAUGUAUUCCUGAUAACUAAAUUAUUUAAUGCACAAGCAAUGAAUCAGCUACCAAUUUUUCAUAAUAUCAGGUUUUGUUUACUCGGUCGCACAGGACAGUCGAUCAGGUUUCGCUAUGUUCCUGAUCCGGGUACGCUUGAACAGCGUUUAUUUCGAGAGGUCACAAAGCCCGUUAUACCACCUAUUAAUGUGAAUCCAGUCGAACAGCGUCUGCGCAGACAGGAAGAAAAUAGACUACGUCAAGAAAAUAAUCCAUACCGAAAAUUUCUGAUUGAGAGAGCUAAAGAAGAUUUUUGA